UUCUCUCCACACCCAGCAACCACCACCACCCGUCUCCUCUCCUCUCCUCUCCUCCUCGUCUUCCUCCUUCGGCCUCCUCCUUUGCAGCUAACGGAACCGAAGAAAGCCUUUCGUUGACAUGGCUGCUUUCAUCCUCUUCCUCUGCUUGCUCGUGCCGCUCGUCCUCGCGUGCGCCGUCCGCGCCAGGAAGGGCGCCGCCGGGCGGGCGUCGUCGGGCGGCGGCGGCAAAAAGGGCGGCACCAGCCUGCCGCUGCCGCCGGGGUCGAUGGGGUGGCCGUACGUGGGCGAGACCACGCAGCUCUACUCCUCCAAGAACCCCAACGUCUUCUUCGCCAGGAAGCGGAACAAGUACGGGCCCAUCUUCAAGACGCACAUCCUCGGGUGCCCCUGCGUCAUGGUGUCCAGCCCGGAGGCCGCCAAGUUCGUGCUCGUCACUCAGGCGCACCUCUUCAAGCCUACCUUCCCGGCCAGCAAGGAGCGGAUGCUGGGCCCCCAGGCCAUCUUCUUCCAGCAGGGGGACUACCAUGCCCACCUCCGCCGUCUCGUCUCACGCGCCUUCUCUCCCGAGGCCAUCCGCGGUUCCGUCCCUGCCAUCGAGGCUAUCGCCCUCCGCUCCCUCGGCUCCUGGGAAGACCUGCAAGUCAACACCUUCCAAGAGAUGAAGACUUACGCUCUGAAUGUGGCAUUGCUGUCCAUCUUCGGCGAGGAGGAGAUGCAGUACAUCGAGGAGCUGAAGCAGUGCUACCUGACGCUGGAGAAGGGGUACAACUCGAUGCCGGUGAACCUGCCGGGCACGCUGUUCCACAAGGCCAUGAAGGCCCGAAAGCGGCUGGGCGCCAUUGUGGCCCACAUCAUCUCGGCCCGGCGCGAGCGCGAGCGCGGGAGCGACCUCCUGGGCUCCUUCAUGGACGGCCGCGAGGCGCUCACCGACGACCAGAUCGCCGACAACGCCAUCGGCGUCAUCUUCGCCGCGCGCGACACCACCGCCAGCGUGCUCACGUGGAUGGUCAAGUUCCUCGGCGACAACCCCGCCGUCCUCAAAGCCGUCACCGAAGAGCACGCUGAGAUCGCGAGGGAGAAGGCGUUGUCCGGCGAGCCACUGUCGUGGGCCGACACGCGGCGGAUGCGGAUGACGGGCCGGGUGAUCCAGGAGACGAUGCGGGUGGCGUCCAUCCUCUCCUUCACCUUCAGGGAGGCCGUGGAGGACGUGGAGUACCAAGGGUACCUGAUUCCCAAGGGCUGGAAAGUGCUUCCCCUGUUCCGGAACAUCCACCACAACCCCGACCACUUCCCCUCCCCUGAAAAGUUCGAUCCUUCACGAUUCGAGGUGGCCCCCAAGCCCAACACGUUCAUGCCGUUCGGGAACGGGACCCACUCGUGCCCCGGCAACGAGCUGGCCAAGCUGGAGAUGCUCGUCCUCUGCCACCACCUCGCCACCAAGUACAGAUGGUCCACCUCCAAGUCCGAGAGCGGCGUCCAGUUCGGCCCCUUCGCCCUCCCCAUCAACGGCCUCCCCAUGACCUUCACCCGCAAGGACGACAAGAACAAAGCCUGAGCCAUCCAUCCAUCCAUCCAUCCAUCGCCUCCUCCUCGUUCCCAAAGGGAAAUCAACAGCGCGAUAGAGGCGACGGCGUGGCACAUGCGAGCGAGCUGGAUCGGCUCCGUCCGUGUCCGUGCCGGUCGCCGUCGGAGGGGACACUUGUAGCCGUGGGCGCCGCGGCGGGAGCGGGAGCGGGCUGGCGGAGGCCGAUCGGAGAGAGCACGGGCCGUCAAAGUCCUUUGUACAGAUUCUUCAGCCAGGACCAUGACGGCUGGGCGAGACAAGACCAAGAAAAAUCCCACUCUUCAAAAACACACACACGUAGGCAUUCUCAGCUAGGGAGAUCCGGCGCCACAAAGAAGUGGCGCCGAACUGUAAAACCAACCAUUUUUUAUCCUUUUUUCCUUCAGAUUUUUAUUUUUUUGGCAACACCUAUACUAGUAUAGGAGGAGGAGAGAAGACAGCAGACUGACAGGCCCUGAUUGGGAUGUAAGAUAGGCUGCCCGCCUGAAAGCAGGCUGGCAGCUAGGCCGAAUAAUCAAUGGAUCGAUCGCUCGCGGCAAAGGGCCAAAAGGAGGCCCCCGGGAGAGCGACCCCUCUGUAUUGUUUGUUACACGUCAAUGCAGCUGGAAAUGGCUUUCUUGUGGA